GCUUUCGGGCCGGACCUUAACUGAAAGCACCUAAUGAAGUUGUGCAUGGCAGUUAGGGGACCUGAAGGCGAGAAAUUCAGGCAUGGUCAUGGAAAGAUAGGAGAGAGAAAGAAGAAAGAGAAAGCUGUCUCAACUCAUUUAAUGGCAUUCAAUUCCACUCCACCCUCGUUUAUAUUGUUUUGCUGCGUUUCCUGACACUCUCUUUCCUCCCAUUUAAGUGCUUCACUCUUCCCAAUCUCCCCACACCUCCAAAACACCGCGUACUCCUCUCUUUCUCUCUCUAAAUUCUGCAACCCCAAAACCACCUCUUUCUCUACUUCGCAAUGUAAAACUACCUUUCUCUCUCUAAAGUCUACAACCCUAAAACACCUCUAUGUAAACCCCACAUCUCUCUCUCUAAAGCCACCUCUUUACUUCUCUCUAAAGCCAUCUGUUUCUCUCUCUAAAACCACUUCUCUCUCUCUCAUCCGCCAAUCCAAAGAAGCGGUGGUGGCAGGGCCAUGCCCCAACACCGCAUGCAAAGACAUGCACCACUCGCCCCUUCCCCAUCCCAACCUCUUCUCUUCAUCUUUAACUCUGUCUCAUCUCUCAGUUCAGGCAAAAAUGGCGAGCCCACCAGCCCACUGUGGCUCUCUAGCCCUCCUCCUCCUCCUCCUCCUCCUCUCUACAUGCACAGGUGCCUCGCCUGAUGACUCUGCCUGCGCCCUCCUCGAGGCCAAGGCCUCGCUCCGAGGCCCAUGGGCUUCGCUGAAUGGCUGGACCGAUUCCACCGCCCCCAACGUGUGCCGAUGGUCGGGUGUCACCUGCUCGGACGGCCUUGUUGUGGGCCUUAAUCUCUCGGGCCUGGCACUCGAAGGCCCCAUUCCGACCUCUCUCUUGCGCAUCUCCUCUCUUCUCUCUCUAGACCUGUCGUCCAACCUCUUAUCGGGGCUGAUACCUCCUCAGCUCUCUAACCUCACCAAGCUCAUCACUCUCCGCCUCUUCACUAACCAAUUGAGUGGCCCAAUCCCGAAAGAGCUCGGCCUCUUAAGCGAGCUCGAAGAGCUUAGAAUCGGCGAUAAUGGCCUCGAAGGUGAGAUACCAGAAACGAUCAGUAAUUGCACUAGCCUCACGAGUUUGGGCCUCGCUUCGUGUAAGCUCACUGGUCCAAUUCCACCCCAAAUUGGUGAGCUUUCGGCCCUUGAAAACCUGGUUUUACAGGAGAACCAGCUCACUGGGCCUUUACCUGCUGAGCUGGACCAUUGCAGGCGACUUCUCAUCUUUACAGCUGCUAAUAACCAGAUUCAUGGGCCGAUACCGAGUGAGCUUGGCAGCCUCAAGGCCCUGCAAUUGCUCAAUCUCGCCAACAAUAGCUUGAGUGGAGCCAUUCCCAUGGAGCUUGGUGGGCUAUCUGAGCUCAUUUAUCUGAACUUGCUUGGGAACCAGCUCAAUGGGGCUCUACCCGAGUCGCUUGGUCGGCUCGAGAAGCUGCAAAACCUCGACCUUUCGAGCAAUUCCUUGAUUGGGCUGGUGCCGAAAGAGAUUGGGUGGCUCAAGGAAGCAGGGUUCAUUGUCCUGUCUGAUAACAUGUUGGGUGGUGAGAUUCCUCUCGGUAUCUGUACUAAUACAAGUCUUGAGCACCUGAUUCUUGCCGGAAACCAGUUCUCCGGUGAGAUUCCGGCUGAUUUCGCCCAGUGUCCGAGCUUGAAGUAUAUUGAUCUCUCUGAUAACAAUCUUGAGGGGGAGAUUCCGGCGAGUCUUUGGGGAAUGAGCAACCUAACUGAUCUUCUUCUUCAUAACAAUAGCUUAGUGGGGGAGCUCCCUUCCUUUAUAGGUAACCUUAGCAGCUUGCAAACUCUUGCUCUCUUUCAUAAUCACUUGGAGGGGCCCAUACCACCAGAAAUUGGACUGUUGGAGAGUCUAGAAACCCUAUUUCUUUAUGAAAACCAGUUUUCCGGCGAGAUUCCAGCUGAGAUUGGUAACUGUUCCAGCCUAAAGCAAGUAGAUUUCUAUGGGAAUAAAUUUAGUGGGAGUAUACCAGUCACUUUAGGGCGGUUGGCCAAUUUGAAUUUCCUUCAUUUGAGAGAGAAUGAUCUUGAAGGGCCGAUUCCGGCGAGCUUGGGUAAUUGCAAGAGCCUAAAAACCCUGGAUUUGGCCGAUAAUCGCCUUUCAGGGAAAAUUCCGGUGACUUUUGGUAACUUAGAAUCGCUGGAAAUGCUCCUCCUUUACAAUAACAGCUUAAGUGGAUGGCUCCCUAGAGAACUUCGAAAUUGCAAGAACCUAACCAGGGUGAAUCUCUCUAACAACAAACUUACAGGCCCAAUCUUUCCUCUAUGCUACUCUCCUUCCUAUCUCUCCUUUGAUCUCAGCAAUAACAGCUUCAUAGGAGUGGUUCCUGCCCUACUUUGUCGCUCGAAAGGUCUCGAGCGCCUCCGCCUUGGCAGCAACCAAUUUGCCGGUGUCAUACCGCUGCAGCUUGGCCAGCUAGCGGAGCUCUACAUGCUCGACCUCUCGAACAAUCAAAUCAAUGGCACCAUACCUAGUGAGCUCGCAAAAUGCACGAAGCUGAGCCACUUGGUCCUGAGCUCCAAUGGCCUCUCCGGCGAGGUGCCACCGUGGCUUGGGAACCUGACCCAGUUAGGCGAGCUCAGGCUCUCGGAAAACAACUUGGUGGGUUCCAUUCCACCAAGCCUGGGCAGCUGCAAAGGACUCCUCACCCUUGCACUCGACCACAACGGGCUCGCCGGCCCCAUUCCUGAACAGCUCGGCGAGCUUGCCUCUCUCAAUAGCCUCGAUCUCUCCGGGAACCACCUCUCCGGCCCAAUUACCAGAAACACCGUAGCCAAGUGGAAGAGCCUAUUCCUUCUCAGACUCUCCGAAAACGAGCUCAGUGGCCCAAUUCCACCUGAAAUCAGUGAACUCCAGGCCUUGCAGAGCGGUCUCGAUCUCAGCCAAAACAACAUAACCGGCGAGAUCCCUUCCUCGCUUGCCGGCCUCAUUAACCUAGAGAGACUCAACCUCUCUUUCAAUGCUCUUUCAGGCCCGAUCCCUUCAGAGCUCGGCCGCAUGCCCAGCCUCGUCGCACUUGACCUCUCGCACAAUGCCUUGCAAGGCCCCUUGCCCGACGCCCUCUCCAAGUGGCCUGCCGAUGCUCUGAAUGCGAACCCUGGCCUUUGCGGGCGACCUCUCGAACCAUGCACCACUGCAGGCCCCAACAACCGAGCUCUCACCCCUGGCUCGGUUGCAGGCAUUUCCGCUGCUGCAGUCUCUGGUUUUGCACUUGCCAUUCUCGUGGCCACCGUGAUCGCCCUUCGCUGCAAGACCUCAGCCCAAAGGGGAGCCAUAUGGGGGGCCUCACUGUGGGGCUCUAGCCGCCGGCCCCUAAAGGGCGAGGCCAAGUGGACUUUCGAAGAUAUUAUGUCGGCAACCAACAGCUUAUCCGAAGAAUUCAUGGUGGGAGCUGGUGGCUCCGGCACAAUAUACAGAGCCGAGAUGCCCAAUGGUGAUGUCUUAGCAGUGAAAAAGAUCUUCUCAGGCACCGGAGAGAUAAUGCUCGACAAAAGCUUCGGUCGCGAGCUACAAACGCUCGGGCGCAUAAGGCACCGGCACCUUGUCAAGCUCUUGGGGUGGUGCUCAAAGGGAGAAAUCAACAUUCUGGUUUAUGAGUACAUGGUAAAUGGGAGCUUAUGGGAGUGGAUCCACAGCAAGGGGGGGAAGAAGAGGAUGGAUUGGGUGGGGAGGUUGAGGGUGGCCAAGGGGCUGGUGGAGGGGGUGGAGUAUUUGCACCAUGACUGUGUGCCGAGGAUUGUUCACAGGGAUAUUAAGUCCAGCAAUGUGCUGAUCGAUGGGGAUGGGGAGGCACAUUUGGGGGACUUUGGGCUCGCCAAAGUGGUGGAGGACACUGUGGACUCCAUGGGCGCCACUGAGUCUACUUCACACUUUGCUGGGUCCUAUGGCUACAUGGCUCCUGAGUAUGCCUACUCUCUACGGGCGACCGAGAAGAGCGAUGUAUAUAGUGUCGGGAUCGUGUUGAUGGAGCUCGUGACUGGGAAGAUGCCUAUUGACUCAAGCUUGCCCGAAGGCAUGGGCAUAGUUCAGUGGAUUGGACACUGUCUAGCAAGCCCAAGCCCAACUCAUGAGGAGGUUUUGGAUUCCUCACUUAGACCUCUCACCUCGUCAGAGGAGUCUGCAAUAUUUGAGGUCCUUCAAAUUGCCAUGGAAUGCACAAGGCUCAUGCCGGUUGAUCGCCCGACUGCUCGACAAGUCUCGGACAAGCUGACGCGAAUUUGUUGCAACACAGAUAGAAGUGUCACCUCACACAAGAAGGCCUGAUUGGAGCUCCCUUUUCAUGAAUGCUUCCUUCUCUGUCCUUUCUGUCUCUAAUGUCUUGCUAAUUUUCUUUCAUGUACACAGUAGAGAGAUUGGCCCAGAUUUUGUCUCACAUAUAACCUAUUUGUGACUUGCAUUGUUUUGUUGUACCCUUGAAUGGGAGAGAUUAUUUUGGUAAAUGAA